AUGUCUCCAACUUCAGACGAAAAGGCGAAAGCCCAUUCUAGCACACAAAACAAAGAGGAUUUGGAGGGUGAACACAAUGAAUGGAAGUUCAGGGUUCCCUACAAAGUACACGAGAACGACAAGAAUUUCAAAGCCCUGUACGAGGGAAGUUGCCAUUGUGGACGAGUGCAGUAUCAGUUGAGCAGGGAAAAGCCAUUGGAUGCUAAGUUCUGCCAUUGUUCGACAUGUCAAACUUUACAUGGAGCACCUUUUCAGUGGGCAGCUAUUUUCCAUAAAGAAGAUAUCAACUUCACACACGGCCACCAUGAUCUCGGCUGGUACGAUCCUGGAGAAAAGACUACGAAGCACAAAUUGCCCUGCAAAGUAUCGUGUUCAUAUUGUCGAUCACCCAUUAUGGAUGAAGGGAGAAAUAUGAUCUUGCUGUUUCCUAGUUUGAUCAAGUUUAAGGACAAAAAGGAAAAGCACAACUUUGAUCCUACAUGUCAUAUGUUUUAUGGAAAGAGAUUAUACGAUUUCCCUGAUGGAUUACCAAAAUGGAGUGGGCUGAGUGGAGAUAGUGAUUUGAUUGAAGACAGCCCUCCGGAGGCUAUCAAGAAGCGCAAGAGAGAGGUUGAGGAGAAGGAGAAGGAGGAUGAGGAGGGUAAAUCCGAAAAGAAGUAG